GUGGCGUCGCCGAAGCGAAACUUAUAUACACAAUUACACAUCUCUCGACUGCGGCGUCGCGCGGCGCCGACUCCACCCGCUCCUCUCCCCGGCAAUGCCUCCGCCGGCCAUCGCCGCCACCUCCGCGGCGCACCUCGUCUCGCCGGAGUCGCUCGCCGCGGCGGGGCGCGCGGCGGAGCGGCUGAGCCUCCCGGCGCUGCAGUCGAAGAUGAAGUGCGACCCCGAGGGCUACGCGGCGGAGCUCCUCCUCCUCCGCCGCCACUUCGACUCCUCCCUCCACCUCUUCCGCCACCACUCCGCCCUCAACCCCUCCUCCUCCGCCUCCGACCACGCCGUCGCCAAGGAGGUCGGCGACCUCGCUAUGUUCCUCGCCCACGUCGCCCCCUUCUACCCGGACAAGCUCGCCGAUUUCCCCUCCCAGGUCGCCGAUCUCCUCCGCUCCGACGCCCGGUCCCUCCCCUCCUCCCUCCGCGUCCACCUCGCACAAGCCCUAAUCCUUCUCGUCAAUCGCAAGAUUGCUGAGCAUGGCGACACAUUAGAAUUGUUUAUGGACCUUCAAACUCUCGGCGACCGUACAUUGAGAAAACUGGCCUUUUCACAUGUUGUGCACAGCAUUCGACGGAUGAAUCAAAAACAUAAAAAUGAGCCCAUGAACCGCAAAUUGCAGAAUAUUCUCUUUUCAAUACUACAGGGCGAAGAAGAACUAAGAGCCAAAAGGUCUCUUACUGUUCUUUGUGACCUUCAUCGGCGGAAGGUGUGGUUUGAUGAUCGAACAGCAAACGGCAUAUGUGCAGCAUGUUUCCACCCAUCUUCAAGGAUUAUGAUAGCUGCUCUUUCUUUCCUUCUCGGGUAUGAACAAGUUGAAGAAGAGGAUGAGAGUGAAGCCUCCAGUAGUGAAGAUGAUACCGCUGAACCAUCGCAAGUCAUUCUUAGCAGAGAGGCUGUUUACAAGGCACAUCACAAGGGUACCACUGCUAGCAAGAAAAAGAAGAAAGCUAAACUGCAGCGUGCUGUUCGUAGCAUGAAAAGACAACAAAAAAUAGCCUCGCAAAAUAACAGUUCCAAUUACUAUUCUCCCCUCACAUAUCUAAAAGAUCCACAGGGUUUUGCUGAAAAGCUGUUUUCUCGACUUCAGAAAUGUAAUGAGCGAUUUGAGGUUAGGAUGAUGAUGUUAAAAGUAAUUUCUAGGACUAUUGGGUUGCAUCGUUUGAUAUUGUUAAAUUUCUAUCCAUUUCUUCAAAGAUAUGUUCAGCCUCAUCAACGUGAUGUCACGACUUUGCUUGCUGCGGCAGUCCAGGCCUGCCAUGAUAUGGUGCCGCCUGAUGCUGUGGAACCACUAUUUAAACAGAUAGUAAAUCAGUUUGUGCACGACCGCUCUCGCACAGAGGCUAUUGCCGUUGGACUGAAUGUUGUGAGAGAGAUCUGUCUGCGGAUGCCUCUGCUGAUGAAUGAGGACUUGCUUCAAGACCUAGUUCUAUACAAGAAGUCGCACGAGAAAGCAGUUUCGACAGCUGCUCGAUCAUUAAUUACUCUAUUCAGAGAGAUAUGCCCUUCUCUUUUGGUCAAGAAAGAUCGUGGCCGUCCAAUUGAUCCAAAAGCGAGACCAAAAGCUUUUGGAGAGGUCAAUGUGGCCAGCAAUGUACCUGGACUUGAGUUGCUGCAAGGACAUGUUGAUGAUGAUAUUGAUGAUGAUGAUGAAGAUGAAGGUUCUGAGGGAGAUCAAGAAAAUGAUGACGACGAAGUAGAUGAGGUAGAGGGGGAUGAUCAUGUUAGAUCUGAAGGUGAAGAUGAAGAAUUAACAGAUGGUGCUGAUGGAGAUGGGAGCUAUGAUGACUCUGGUGAUGAUGAUGAUAAUGAUGACGAUGGUGAAGAAGAAGAGGAGGAUGAUGAAGAUGAUGAAGUGGUGACUAAAAAGGUUAAAGAAGAGCCUAAUAUUAACGACCAUGAUAAUGAUGAUGAGGAUGAUGAUGAUGAUGAUGAUGAUGAUGGUGAUGGUGAUGAUGAUGGUGGUGGUGGUGGCGAGGGCACUCACCCAGUUAGUAGUGAUGAGGAAAAGGUGAAAGAAGAUGAAUUAUUGAGAGGAGAGAAGAGAAAGUUGUCGGAUUUCAUUGGGCAGCUAAAUGCUGCAGAUGUGAGCCUUCGAGCUUUAAAGAGAGUUGCAGGCUCUCAAAGGGCACGAAAUUUGCCUAAUGAAACUGAUGGAAUACUUUCUAAUGAAGAUUUCCAGCAUAUUAAGGAGCUGAUGGCAAAGAAAGAUGCUAAGCUCUCCAUGGCUCGGGAAGGUCUUUCAGCAAAGGGUUCAGAUUCCAGAAUAAAAAUCCCUUCUUCUGAGCAGCUUAGUGUAAAACGUGUCGAUCCUGCUAAACUUGAGGUAAACAUUAAAAGAAAGCGUACCAGUGAAGAGAAAUUGGCGGCAGUGAAAGCUGGGAGGGAGGAGAGAGGAAAGUACCAGGCUAGGACGGCCGUGAAGCAGAAAAAGACUGGCGGGCUGAGUAACCGGCAGAAAGAGCACAAGAAGUCGAUGCCUUCCGCCGCGAAGAGGGCGAAGGCGGUUCGUUCGCGACAAGAGAGGAAGAAGAAACAAAGGCACUCCGGCAAGAAUUUCUUGGGCAAAAAAGCUUGGAAAUAGGGGAAAAAAAAAUUCACCUAUAAAUUUGCCUCUCCCUUUUGUACUCAAGCAUCUAAAAUUUUGACUUGUACUAUUUUUUGCCUUAUUUAAUGAGGAACAUAAAUCUUAGGUUUUUGUUGGUUGGCAGUGAGUGAAAGGUGUUAGUAAAUUGGCAAAUGUUGAUAGAGAAAAUUUAGGUCUUGAUUUGUGGCCUUAACCUUUUUGUUUUUUCCUACUUAAAUUUUAUGUGGUUUCCUGUGUA